GUCCGCUUUUGCCAGGCCUUUCACCAUGAAGAUAUCCAUAGUGCUAAUCUCUUUGGUCUCCAGUUUUUUGGGCGCUACAAGUCAGGUAGCUGUCAAACCGGAAGACGUGAUUAUUGAGGAAAUGGUAACGACAGUCAAAACGACUCCUAAGCCACCGAGUCCUUACUGCCAGCCCAAGUUGUGCCCCAAAGGACAACACCAUGUGGCCUGCGAAAACUAUUACAAGAGCCUUCACCGCAGCUGUGCCGCCAAGGAGAUUAACUUUGUGAACUUGACCACUCUCGCGGAGAACAUUCUGAGGCACCACAACGAGCGGAGGUACCUCUUAGCCAGUGGAAAGAACUCCUUACUCCCACAUGCCGCCCGAAUGGUGGCCAUGCAGUGGGACGAGGACCUGGCCGCCGUGGCGGGCUUCAAUGUGAGGAUGUGCCAGGCCAAGCACGACGAGUGUCGCAACACGGUUAGGUUUCCGCGAUCCGGCCAAAACAUCAUAGUGUUCAACAUGACGCGCCGCGUGGAGAAGUCAGUGAUGGAGAUGCUCUACCCCGAGCUCAUGUCCAUUGCCAUGAACACCUGGUGGUCGGAGGCUGAGAGGAUGACCGCCGCGGACAUGGAACUCUAUCCCUGCGAUGAGAAGCAGCAAAAAGCGUACCGCCACUUUGCGGUCAUGGCCAUCGAGGGCAACUCGCACGUGGGCUGCGCCGGACUGCGCUACGUGGUCAAGAACCUGACCCAGUUCAAGCUGACCUGCAACUACGCCCGGAGUCCGGUUUGCGGACAGCCGAUCUACCGCUUCCGGCCCGUGGGCUGUCAGACGGGUCGCAACAAGAAGCACUCGUCCUUGUGCUCGCCCACGGAGCUCUUCCGCUGAAUUUUCGGCUCCGAAAGCCACAUUAACGCAUCUUGCUUAUCCAUGUUUGUCCGUAAAACCUGGCCAUAAAUACCGGCCAUCCAUGCCUGGCCAUGCAAAAUUCAAACAACUCCAUCGGAAUGGAAUUUCUGCCAAUUUCCUGUGACGAACCAGGCCCGAGGUCCUUGGCAGGAAGUAUCGAUGGCGGUGCAAUUACCUGCAUAGCAGCCGGGAAAAGCUAGCAACACUGCGAAAAUGUGUCUUAAAAUCUCGAAAAAUAACUGUCGAUGCAUGAAAAAAUAUGUUUAUCUUUAGGAUUAUUAGCUGUUUAUUUAUUUAAAAAAGUAAAGAUAUGUUUCACAUAACGUACGAGUUUAAUUGUUGCAUGUUGACAAUGAUAACAGACGAUUUAGAUUUAUACUUAAUAAAAAAAUUUUAAAAUAUUUAAAAAUAUGGUAAAUGAUAAUAUUUCGAUUGUAUGUAUCAACAGAUUUCGCAAAACAAUUUGGUUGUAUAUUUUUAAGAAUAUAUUUUAAAUGUUAUUUUUUUUUUAAUUUGAUACGUUAUAAUAAAAAUAUAUAUACAUUUGAUAAUACUUUGUUAAAGGUCUUGCCUUCAUAAUUUACGAGAAUACAUUUUAGUGUAAAGUUUUUGAAAUAGGAUACACCAAAUAAAAGCAAAGCUCUGCCGGAUUAUAUUUUCUA